CGUUUUUCAAUUGUACUAUCGAAAUCCAAACCAAUUACAUGGAAUUUCGUGAUAAAAUCUUUUAAUAAAUGUAAUGCUUUUAUCAUUUGCAGAUGAUCUUCUGUUGAAUGUUGACAAGCUAACCAACAUCAACCAUCCAACACAUCAUCAACGUAUCAAUGCCAACUUGCUCCAACUGAACUACAGAAAUUUCUGUUUUCGCAUGAUAAAACAACUGGCAGGAGAAGUAAAUGAGAACGCACAUAAUAUAUACAAACAGCUGAAAGGAAAGGCAAUAAAACCAUGGCUUAAACACAUUGCAAAUGUCAUGAAAAAGAUGGUUUGGAUGUGGGGCAAAUUUUUCAACGGACUUGAAAUUUUGGAACAGCAAGAUAAAGGUGGCUGCCAAGAUAACAUGAUUCUCUUCAACAAGUUCUCAGAUUAUGAAAUGAGGCAAUAUAAGAAGCAUAUUGGCAUUGCAACCAACGAAAUACGACGCUUGCUCCCAGAAUGCAGUGUGAAAGCAAAGGAAGAAAACCACGCCAAACUGAGAAAGCUUGAGGCAAAACUUCUGGAAACUUAUGGAAGGAGAAGAACUGGUUCAAGCAAACAACCUGACCAGAUCAACGAAAUGCAGGAACAAUUCACAAAACGAUAUACCUCGAGAAAGGACAAUAAACUAACAACUGACAACUAUUGUCACAAUCAAUUAGCAAAUUUAACUGUCUCUAAACCAGUUAACAAUCCUUCAAUCAAUCGUAAACGAGGCAGAUCUGAAAUUGAGUCUGACACAACACCCCAGGAAUAUCAUUGUCCUAAGAAAGUUCGAUUUACUUUUGAAAAUUGCCACUUACCCCAGAAAAUAGCUGCCCAUGAGCCAUGGUUGAAAUUAACAGAAAAGUUUGUGAAUAGGUCUUACAAAUCUCGACAUACUUUGCAAGGCAAAGUGAGAUCUAGUUGCACCAAAAGGGGUUAAGCUGCUAGAUUUUUGUGGCAGAAGAGAAAGGAGAAAAACCGAUAUUUCCUAUACUUUUGACCUUCUAUCAUUAAAUUGAAAAUAAUGCUAGUAGAAUAAAAUGUAAAUUUAAAGUUUAACCAGUUUUCAUUAAUCAAAUCCAGUAGUAUUGUAUGUAAAUAUAUCUUAAACAUACAGUGGAUUGAACAGAAAAUUCUGUGUUUUUAAUCAGGCCUUCAUUCUGACUAAAAAUAUGAUAUUUGAAAAAAAAAUU